GUGAAGAUGGCGGUCAACGAAUAGCACGAUCCAAAUUCUACGGACGGCGCAGUGAUUGGCCCAAGCGCGGUGGCGCUUCCCGAUAUGGUAUGAUUCGAUUUUAAAUUUUGGAUACCACUGUUAACGAAUCCAGGGACUGCGCCAUGGGCAUGGUACCAAUUCUGCCGCAGCCGGUUCCUGAAAGUGAAAUAUCCGCCAAUCCCUUCGAACUGUCGAGCAUCAUCGAACUUAGACCUCUGCGUCCUGCGUUUCUGUCACAUAUACAAGGCCCUAGACCAUACCCUGACCUACUUCAUGCUUCCGAUCUUCCCUUGCCCCUAUCCUUAGCCUCUUCCCCCCACCCCCUGAACACUUGAACCAACCCGCCCGCCGAAGCCACCACCCUCGGACCACAGACCACCGACCAUACCCAAUCCGAUGCCGAUCGACGCCGGGACCCCCGAGGCCCGCAGCGCGGAGCGGCGGACGAAGUACCACGAGGCGGACGUGGUAGUCGUGGGCGCGGGCAUCCUGGGGUGCGCGGUCGCGCACGCGCUGGCCGACCAGGGGCGCGCCGUCCUGCUCCUGGAGCGGUGGAUGCACGAGCCGGACCGGAUCGUCGGCGAGCUGCUGCAGCCGGGCGGCGUCGAGGCGCUGCGGAGGCUCGGCCUCGCGCACUGCCUCGAGGGCAUCGACGCCAUCCCCUGCCACGGGUACCAUGUCCUGUACCACGGCGACGACGUCGUGCUGCCGUACCCGGCGGUCGACGACGCGGGGACGGUGAGGCCUGUUGUGCAGAGGACGACGAAUGCGAAGGAGUAUGUUGCUGGUGGUGGUGGACAUACAAAUGGCUCGGCGAAUGGCUCGGCAAAUGGGUCCGCGAACGGGUCCGCGAAUGGGGCGGCGAAAGGGGGGGACAAGCAGUAUCGGAGGGCGCAAGGGCGGGCAUUCCACCACGGGAGGUUUAUAAUGAAGCUACGGGAGACGUGUCUGGCGCAUCCGAACAUCACGGUCGUGGAAACGGAGGUGACCAAGACGAUCCGGGGCGAGAAGUCGUCCGACGUCCUAGGGGUGGAGUCGGUCACACGCGAUAGGGAAACGGGGCAGAAGAAAGCCGACUACUUCUUCGGGCAGCUCACGAUAAUCGCGGACGGGUACGCGUCCAUCUUCCGCGAGCAGCUGGUGGGCAAGAAGCCCGUGGCGCGCAGCAAGUUCUACGGCCUCGAGCUGAUCGACUGCCCGCUGCCGCCGGCGGGCUUCGGGCACGUCGUGAUCGGCGAGGCCGAGAUCGUCCUCCUCUACCAGAUCGGCACGCACGAGACCCGCGCCCUCUUCGACGUCCCCACGGACCUCCCCGCCGCCUCGGCCGCGGCCGGCGGCGUGCGCGCCUACAUCCGCGACGUGGCCGUCCCCGCGCUGCCGGCCUCGGUGCGGCCCAGCAUCCUGGCCGCGCUGGCCGACGGCCGCAUCCCCAAGAGCAUGCCCAACAGCUGGCUGCCGCCGACGCGCCAGUCCCGCGCCGCGGGGGCCGUCCUCCUCGGCGACGCCAUGAACAUGCGCCACCCGCUGACGGGCGGCGGCAUGACGGUGGCCUUCAACGACGCCAUCCUGCUCGCCGAGCUGCUGCACCCCAACCGCGUGCCCAGACUCGACGACGCCGCCGCCGUCGGAGACGCCAUGGCGGCCUUCCACUCGCGGCGCAAGCCCCUCAGCAGCAUCGUCAACGUGCUCGCGCAGGCGCUGUACAGCCUCUUCUCCGCGCGCGGCGACGACGACGCCCAGCUCCGCGCCCUGCAGCGCGGGUGCUUCGCGUACUUCCGCCGCGGCCUCAGCGACGAGCCCCUGGGCAUGAUGGGCGGGCUCAUCCGCCGGCCCCCGCUGCUGGCGUACCACUUCUUCAGCGUCGCGUUCCUGUCCAUCUGGAUCCACGGCGUCGAGGUCUGCGGCGGGCUGCUCGGCCUGUGGAAGCUGCCGCUGGUGGCCCUGGACGCCGUGCUCAUCCUUUGGAGGGCGUGCGUGGUCUUCUUGCCGGUCGUGUGGACAGAGUUGCAGUGAGAGAGACCUUGUUGUUUCGGGGUUUAUGGCGUAAUGUCCGUCAAAAGCUGCUAGGGGCCCCUUUCUCUCAUGGGGGAAUGGGAUCUCGAUCCCUCUUUCUGGCAGGGGUAUGGCAUGUAUAGUAGUAUCUUGUCUAGGUUUCUAGAAGGUUGGAACCUCCCUUUCUCCACGGACGAGUAAUGUCAUUUUAUUUUAAAGAGUCGGGUCACGGUCAGAUUUGUACGCAUAGCAGGUUCUUAGAGAGUUAAUACUAAUCUUAGAGAGCGGUUCUUCUGAAGCGGUGUCGCCAUUGGGGGGCCGGCGGGGGGUUGUGUUCGGCGUUUGUACGAUUGUCACCGGAGGUUGUAUGAGCCCGGUUUUGGGUGCGCAUGCCAGUCAAGUUAUACUGACUACCUAUCUUCAUGGAAUAUCGCUGCCCACCCCGUAUCUAUACUUCGCUUGUCCAUG